UCUUGUUGGAUUGGCCCCGCCUCUCUUGUAAUUGCUCACCUGUGACAUCCGGCUCCUUCCCAAACUAUUGUUGUUUUAGUAGAGUUUCUCCUGUGAUGUGUAUGAUUUAAAAAGAGUAUUGUGACACCUUCUAUAUAUUUUCUUGUUCUGCAGGGCUUCAGCUUCUUGACAUUCUACCAAAAUUAAGAGAACAAGAGGAUGAAGACUUGAUUAUCCAACGUGAGGCAUUUGAAGAGGCAAUGGCUGAAGAUGAGGAGGAGCUCUUGCAAUUGUAUGGUGGCAUCGACAUGAGUAAUCACCUGGAGGUCUUCACAACUCUCUUCAACAAGGUGAGCAGCUCCCCGUCUUCCCUGCAGCUGAUGUCCAUUCUGCAGUCGCUGCUCCUUCUGGGGCCAAGCCGCUCUGAUAUCUGGCUGGCUUUGGAGGCCGUCACAAACCGAGCCAUACUGUUGGCGCAAGACUCUCAAAUGGGGUGCUCUGAGAAGAUCAUGGAGCGCCUGAUGUUCUCCAAGGGCAAGAGCUCUGAGACUCAUUACGAAGUAGAUGGACAGACGGUCAAAAUAGACAAGGGUGUGCAGACUGGUCACGAAGACCAAGACCAGUUGAAGAAAGGCUCGGCAUCAUCUCGGAACUCACGGUGUGCUGCUGCUGCUGCUCCAUCUCCUCCUUUGAGUACGAACAAGCCCAAAGGUUCGAUGCAGUGUCCUCCACCAGCACCGCCUCUUCCGAGUAUGAACGGGCCCCAAGGUUCUUUGCAGUGUCCACCACCUCCACCACCUCCUCCACUGCCUGGAGCAUUCGGUGGACCUCCACCACCUCCUCCACUGCCUGGAGCAUUCGGUGGACCUCCACCACCACCUCCACUCCCUGGAGCAUUCGGUGGACCUCCACCACCACCUCCACUCCCUGGAGCAUUCGGUGGACCUCCACCACCACCUCCACUCCCUGGAGCAUUCGGUGGACCUCCACCACCCCCACCCUUACCUGGAAUGGUGCCGCCGCCACCACCUCCACCAUUACCUUGCGGUCCGGGCAUGGUGCCCCCGCCACCUCCACCUCUGCCCGGUAUGAGCAAUGGACCACCGCCGCCACCUCCCUUACCCGGCAUGCCACCCCCUCCUCCGCUCCCAUCGGGCAUGAUUGUGGCUCAGAGCAGGUUUGCACUGGGAUGCAGCAUCCCUGCAAAGGCGGGCAGAUGUCCCACUCUGAGGAUGAAAAAGCUCAACUGGCAAAAGCUCCGAUCUGUUACCGAUGGGCACUCCAUGUGGGCUUCAGUUCAGAAAGAGCCUCCUCCUCACGAGCCGGACUAUAGCAGUAUCGAGCAGCUGUUCUGUCUCCCGGUGACCGAGCACAAAGACAAGGGGGCAGCUGCUCCUGUCAAGAAGGAGCCUAAAGAGAUUUCGUUCAUCGAGCCCAAUAAAAACUUGAAUGUCAAUAUAUUCCUGAAGCAGUUCAAAUGCUCAAACGACGACUUUGUGGCGAUGAUUCAGAAAGGUGACAGAAGCAGGUUCGAUGUGGAGGUGCUAAAACAGCUCUUAAAGCUCCUGCCAGAAAAACAUGAGAUUGAAAAUUUGAAGUCUUUCCAAGGAGAAAAGGAGAAGCUGGCAAAUGUCGAUCGUUUCUUCACAUCGCUCCUCACUGUUCAAUGUUAUCAGCUGAGGAUCGAGUGCAUGUUGUUGUGCGAGGAGACUGUGUCGGUGUUGGAGAUGCUCCAACCUAAAGUCAAGUUGGUGGAGGAGGCCUGCCAAUGUCUCCGGAUGAGCACGCUUGUACCCAGUUUCUGCAGGCUCAUCCUCGACGUGGGCAAUUUUCUCAACUAUGGAAGUCACACAGGGAACGCUGAGGGGUUCAAGAUCAGCUCACUUCUCAAGCUUACAGAGACCAAGGCCAACAAGAGCCGCAUUACAUUACUUCAUCACAUACUAGAGGAAGCAGAGGUGAGCCACCCAGAGUUGUUGGAGUUGCCAGAGGACAUUGAGAUCUGUCAAAAGGCUGCAGGUGUUAAUCUGGACUCUAUCCAGUCUGACGCAAACACCUUAUUGAAACGACUGAAUGAGACGGCCAAGAAAGUCUCCAACUCUGUGGAGGAGGUGAAGGAGCAAUAUGCAAAGAUUCUUGAGGAAAAUCUGGUAGCUUGUCGAGCUUUGAGCGAAAGGUUCGCAGACAUCGACAAGAAGAAGAGUGAACUUGCCGUCUACUUGUGUGAAGAUCCCAAUCAGCUGUCACUCGAAGAACUUUUCGGAACUAUCAGGACUUUCCGAGAACUUUUCAUCAAGGCACUGAAGGACAAUAAGACCAGGAAAGAGCAGGCAGCCAAGGCUGAGAAGAGAAAGAAGCAGCUGGCAGAGGAAGAAUCCAAGAGACAGAAGGGAGAGAAUGGAAAAAUAAGGUCAAGUGUGAAGCCUGCAAGCGAAGAAGCCGUAGACACAGCCACCAUUUCCGCUCCCACCGUACCGCCGACAGAGGAUCACCAAGCCAGCACAGGCCAGGUGAACGGCUUCACGAAUUCCCCCGGAGAGACUCCUUCACCGCCUCAGGGUGCUACACCCGACCAAACCCAAGGAGAACCAGCCAUGACAACGCCGGCACCCCCAGAAAGGCCGACAUCGCUACAGGAGAGUCUGAGCUCCACAGUAACACAAACUAACCCUCAGGUGGAUCAUCAGCCACUUCUUCUGACGGAUGGGUUUUCGGUAGACUCACCUGAAAGCAGUGUCUUCAGUCCAUCCUCCCUGUCAGAUUCUGACCUAACAGAAGCUGUGUCGGCUGCAACAUCCAGCCUGGUACCUGAGAAGUUAACAGCUGAGAAGCCAGUGGACGUUAGUGUGAAUGUUCAACUCACAGGAAACAAGGAUACUAGUGAAAGGAAAGUAGACAAGGACAUUGAAAUGAGUAAUAAGAGUCGUCGACAAGAGGACCGUCUUGAACCGCAUGUUGCCAAAACACCCAAGCAGGAUAAGGUGGUGAGCUGCGCCCACACCAAAAGCAAGGAGGAGACUUUUAAUGAGAGCAUCAUGGGGUGUGAUGUCCAGGAUGGAGUAGAAACGGAACAUGUGCCAUCGGCGUCUGAAGACGUAAAGACGCCCAAACCCGAGCCAAAGAAACUGCCAAGCUUCUUUAAACGGAACAAAAAGAAGAGUCCAGGUAAACUAUCCAUUCAUUUAAAUGAAGAUUUUUGGAACGCUAGUGUCUUGCCAUGUCUUAAGGGAAGAUUUGUUUUUAUUUUACUAUGAUACAUUUUCAGGAUAUGCUGUUUUAGAGAAUGAAUGCAUGAUGAUGGAUGAUUAUUUUUAUUAAAACAUGUUUAUCAAUGAUGCCAAUGAACGGUUUAUUUGAAUGCUAUGUUUUCCCCCCUCCGUUCUGACUUUCUAAAACACAAGGUAACAGUGGGAAAGGACACAUUAAACCUAAAAAGGGCUGUGUGUUGCAGUGAGGCAGGACCGUCAUCCUGCUGAACUCAGUCACUGUCCAAACUUUGUGGCAAAUAACACCAUUUGUCGGUCUAACUGGGAUCUGGAUUUCAUUUGUCUUGUGUCGUCCAGCUUUUAACGCCUUUUUUAACACUGUUGCAGUAACGGAUGAGGCUUUAAAAAAAAAUAUUUGACAGCAAACUUGGGGGUUUUAGUAUAAAAAAAAAAAAAAUUUCCCUCAUCUUAAACAGUCUGUACAGUCAUUGUGAAUGGAGUUCUCCAUGACAGCUGUCACUCUUGUCGCUUCCAUAUUUCCCUGUUCAUUCCUUUAUUCUGUUAAUGGGACUGCUUUUAAUAACUACUAAUUGCAGUCUCUUGUAUGUGCUUCCUGUAAACUGACACUAAAUGAAACCUGUUGCAUUAAAUAACCUGAAUACAAUAAUAAAGUAUAUCUCUUUAU